GGACACGAUGCUGAACGGCUGGCUCUGCGGGCAGGGGAACAGUACAGAAUGUCGUGCUGCCACGGACAAGGCUGGUGCUCCUGAUGAGUAGUCCCCUCAGUGUGCUCUCUGUGGGAGAUGUGUGAGGUGCCAGUGCUGUCUGGCUGCACCAGCAAGUCUGGGAGGGCACUGUGCCCCCCGACAUUUCUCUUUGGGGUUCUGUUACAGCAUAAAAGGGAGAUCCACGAGACUCCUCUAAGAUGUCUUACAGAAAGGAGCUAGAAAAAUACCGAGACCUAGAUGAAGAUCAGAUCCUUGGAUCUCUGACAGAGGAGGAGCUCAGGAAGUUAGAGAAUGAACUGGAAGAGCUGGAUCCUGAUAAUGCACUGUUGCCAGCAGGGCUCAGGCAACGGGAUCAGACGCAAAAGCCACCAACUGGCCCAUUCAAAAGGGAGGAACUCAUGGCCCACCUAGAAAAGCAGGCAAAGGACAUUAAAGACAGAGAAGACUUGGUUCCUUUCACAGGUGAAAAGAGAGGAAAAGCCUGGAUUCCCAAGCAGAAGCCAAUGGAUCCCAUUUUGGAAAGUGUGACUCUGGAGCCAGAACUGGAGGAAGCCCUUGCUAAUGCCUCUGAUGCAGAGCUCUGUGACAUUGCUGCCAUCCUUGGUAUGCACACCUUGAUGAGUAACCAGCAGUACUAUGAGGCACUGGGAAGCAGCACCAUCGUGAACAAAGAAGGCCUCAACAGUGUGAUUAAGCCCACACAGUACAAACCAGUUCCUGAUGAGGAGCCAAACUCAACAGAUGUGGAGAAAACUCUGAAACUAAUACAAAGCAAUGAUCCUGACCUUGAGGAAGUCAACCUUAACAAUAUUAUGAAUAUUCCCAUACCAACUCUAAAAGCUUUUGCAGAAGCACUGAAAAACAACACAUAUGUGAAGAAGUUCAGCAUAGUUGGGACCCGGAGCAACGAUCCUGUUGCUUUUGCCCUGGCAGAAAUGUUGAAGGUCAAUAGCACACUGAAGAGCCUGAAUGUGGAGUCAAACUUCAUUUCUGGGUCGGGGAUCCUGGCUAUCGUUGAAGCACUUGAGGGGAACAUGGCGCUUGUGGAGCUGCGUAUUGACAACCAGAGUCAGCCCUUGGGCAACAAAGUGGAAAUGGAAAUCGCAAAUAUAUUGGAAAAGAACACCUCCCUACUGAAGUUCGGGUACCAUUUCACUCAGCAAGGUCCUCGGCUUCGCGCCUCCAAUGCCAUGAUGAGUAACAAUGACUUGGCUCAUAUUCAUCAGUCUGGAUGGUCUCUGGCAAUAGCAUCUCAGCUGUACACCUGGACAGUGCAUAAUGAGGAAGAGAAGACUUGCAGAGGUGAAUGGGCCUAUUUUUCCCAAGUGCAGGACUGGAGUGUAGUUCCUGGCUAUGGAGGUCAUUCCCAGUGAUCUGUGCUACACUGUGGAUAUCUAAAGGCAAUAAGUGCCUUGACAGAGUAUUUGUGGUGCCUCUGUUCUGUUUUAUGCACUUACAGUUGAAAUGAAAUAGUGGCUGUAGUUUUUAUGAAGAUUUUAUCCAGUAGGACUGUUGAUGUUUUCUGUAGAGAUGGAAACUAUUCAAGCCAACAUGUCAAUUUUAUGCAACCUCUAGAGUACAAUCCAGUGUUAAAGGGGAUUAAUUUUUCUAUAAAAUUCCUGCACGGUGUUUCAUAGUUAGGAUGUGGUAUGCAUGAAUGAAAGAUACAAUUGUUUUACACAAAUUAUAGAAGUAUUAAAAAAAUACUUUAUUUUA